AUGAAGCAGCUUGUUGUAUCUGUGGUUGUUUGUGUAGUGGUGCAGUAUGUAACAGCUAUCCGGUACCACAAUGAGACGAGACUAAGUCCCGUUAACCGACAAUUAUCUGAAUUUCUUGACGAACAUCCUAAACCAAUUGGAGUAUACACCAGGUUAACAGGAGAUCCACUGGACAUAAGAGACACAGUCACUCUGAACACAAAUAUAUUUGACAAUAAGAAUCUUUUUUUGGAAACCAGUCACCUGGUCAGAGAAAGAAUACCAGAGAGGGUUGUGCAUGCUAAAGGUUAUGGAGCGUUUGGAUAUUUUGAAGUAACACACGAUGUUUCUCAAUACACUAAAGCUGAUGUAUUUAAUGGUAUUGGAAAGAAAACUCCGCUCGUUGGAAGAUUCUCCACAGCAAUAGAAAAUCUCGGUGGAAGUGACUUACUCAGGGAAACAAGGGCUCUUGCUCUUAAAAUGUACACCAAAGAAGGAAACUUAGACUUUCUAUGUUUACAUCUUCCCAUAUUUUUGUACAAUGAACCCUUAGAUUUCACCAGAUUUUUACAUACCAUGAAAAGAAAUCCUCGUACUAAUCUUUUUGAUUCCACCCAGAGAUGGGACUUCUUCACCCUUAAACCGCAAUUUUUGCAUACCAUCCUUUGGCUUCAGUCAGAUUUCGGUUUGCCUGCUGGAUAUCGGAAGAUGGACAUAUUCCCACUACAUGUUUAUGAGAUAUACAAUAAGCAUGGUGAUAGAUAUUUUGUAAAAUUCAAUUUCCGGACAACUAUCGGCUUGGCUAACCUGACAGAUGCACAGGCAGCUGCCUUAAAUCUGGAAAGUCCUGACUAUUUCAACAUAGACUUGUAUAAUGCAAUUGCUGAAAAGAAUUAUCCUUCUUGGAGAUUAGAGAUGGAUAUAUUAACAAAAGAAGACCUAAAGAAGGUUGAUUAUGAUCCUUUUGAUUUGACGAGAUUGUGGAAGAGGGGUACUUACCGCACUGUGACGAUUGGUCGAAUUGUGUUUAAUGAUAAUGUUGAUAAUACUUUUAAGGACAUUGAACAACUUGCGCUUAAUCCUGAUAACUUAGUACCUGGUAUUCUGGGACCACACGAUGAAGUUUUCAAAUCAAGAAGAAUUUUCUAUCCAGAUGCACAAAAUUAUAGGCUGGGUGGUAAUCACCAUAAUAUACAAGUGAAUGCUCCUUUAUACGAUAAAACAUACAAUAGAGACGGAGUGCCACCAGUAAAAGAUAAUAUGAAAUAUGCUCCAAACUAUUACCCGAAUUCGUUCCAUGGACCAAUGCCUUAUGUGGAUGAAGCUCGUCCAACAGAGAUGUUAAAAGUUUUACAUAGUAAUGCUAUUGAUUUGCAACCUCUAAACGAAUUUUACAAUGAAAUCGUUGAUACUGAUGCACACAGACAGAGAAUAGCAGACCAUCUGGCUGAAUCAUUAGUCAAUGUGCCUACAGGUUUACAAAAAAGAGCUAUUUACAUUCUGACACUUAUCGAUAUAGGUUUAGGAAGACGCGUGAAAAAUGCAUUACAAGUAUCUAAAAAUGUAGAUCGAGUAGCACGACGAAACCAGAUAGCAGAAUGCAUAGCUAAUGUGGAUGAAGCAAGUAAGAGACCAAGACAUAAACUUCAAAAAAUAAUGUUUUACAAUCAUGGGCGCAACUAAAUAAAUACUUAUAAAAUGGUAACAAGACAAAAUUGGUACA